AUGACUAUUUUCGUGCUGCUUCGUCAGAAGAAGAUGACGUCAACGGCAGUGAUCCUGUUUGCACUGGCGCUUUCAGAUACGCUUAUGUUGUUCAGCGCACUCCUGCCAAAGUGGAUGUUAUAUACCUGGGGCGUUGACAUCCGGAUGCUGAGUAACCCCGAGUGUAAAGCGAUAGUCUACCUUACAUACUGCAGCACCCACCUCUCCUCGUGGCUGAUCGUGGCCUUCACGCUCGAGAGAACAGCUUGCGUGCUGUUCCCGCAUAAAGUUAGACUGGGCUGUUCCCCACGAAACGCUGGGUUUAUCAUCGUCACCAUUGUGCUAGCCGUGGUCGGAAUUAAUAUAAUACUACGCGUGAUAGUUGAGCGGAAUAGAUACAAGGGCUCGAAGUGCUCUGCGCCCACGAAGGAAUACAACGACUUAUUUUACUACGUUUACGGAUGGGUCGACUUCACGUUAACUUUCGAAGCGCCGUUCCCACUGCUACUCAUAUGCAACGACAUCAUCGUAGUGCAGCUCGCGCGCUCCCGUUCAAGACGCAAGCGGAUGAAUAUUUCCGGUCAGGCGCGCGACACGCGUCCAUUGUCGAUACUCAUGAUUACCCUAUGCGUGCUAUAA